CCUCCCGGAAGUACGGAGCGGGCCCCACCCUCAGCCGGGCUGUGUAGCCUUGUGCAGGUCGCUUCACCUCUCGGAGCCAAAGUUUCUGCAGCUACGACGUGGGGCGGGCGCCACAAGCCAGGCCUUCUUCCCAGGGACACCUCCUCUCUGGGCUACUUCCCUGUCGGCCUGCAAGCUCCCUGGGGCUGCUCAGGGCACGUAUGCUGACCACACCGUGACUCUGAGUGACCCACAGUGAAAUGAGAGUGCUUGGAAGGAAACACAGUAGUAUUUUCAGGACCGGGGAUGCUCUGCUGCUCUCAUGAGCUGGCCACUGAGUCGGCCUCCCGCAGCCCUUUCUGAACCUCUGGCUGUCCAGAAGCUCUGCUGUGCUCCUUGCUAAGAUGAAGUGCGUCUUGGUGGCCACGGAGGGUGCGGAGGUCCUCUUCUACUGGAUGGAUGAGGAGUUUGAGGAGAGUCUGCGGCUGAAGUUUGGGCAGUCGGAGAAUGAGGGAGAAGAGCUUCCCGCCCUCGAGGACCAGCUCAGCACCCUUCUAGCCCCAGUCAUCAUCUCCUCCAUGACAAUGCUGGAGAAGCUCUCAGACACGUACACUUGCUUCUCGACGGAAAAUGGCAACUACCUGUACGUCCUUCACUUGUUUGGAGAGUGCCUGUUCAUCGCCAUCAACGGAGACCGCACGGAGGGCGAGGGGGAGCUGCGGCGGAAGCUGUGCGUGCUCAAGUACCUGUGCGAGGUGCACUUCGGGCUGGUCACUGUGGAUGGCCAGCUCAUCCGAAAGGAGCUGCGGCCCCCAGACCUGGAGCAGCGCACGCGGGUGUGGGAGCAGUUCCAGAGCCUGCUGAGGACCUACGGCCGCCUGCGGGAGCAGGAGCAGAGCUUCGCUGUGGAGGCCGUGGAGCGGCUGAUCCACCCCCAGCUCUGUGAGCUGUGCAUUGAGGCGCUGGAGCAGAACAUCAUCCAGGCUGUCAACUCCAGCCGCGAGCGGGCUGGCGAGGAGGCGCUGCACGCCCUCCUGCUCGUGCACUCCAAGCUGCUGGCUUUCUACUCCAGCCACGGGGCCAGCUCCCUGCGCCCAGCCGACCUCCUCGCCCUCAUUCUCCUGGUUCAGGACCUCUACCCCAGCGAGAGCACAGCGGAGGACGACGACACUCAGCCUUCCCCGUGGAGGGGCCGGAGCAGCCAGAACAUUCCGGUGCAGCAGGCCUGGAGCCCUCGCUCUGCAGGCCGGGCCAGGAGGAGUUCCGCAGGGACCGAGACAGACAGCUCCCUCCCUGAGGAGUACUUCACACCGGCUCCUUCUCCCGGGGACCAGAGUUCAGGUAGCACCAUCUGGCUGGAUGGGGACACCCCACCCACUGAUACUCCCCAGGUCCAGAUGGCUGAAGACACCCUCCAGACACUGCUCCCUUGCUGCCCGGUACCUUCCAGCCCCAGAAGGAUUUUUCUGGAUGCCAGUGUGAAAGACAGCUACUGCCCCAUGGUGCCCCACACCAUGUACUGCCUGCCCCUGUGGCCGGGCAUCAACAUGGUGCUCCUGACCAAGAGCCCCAGCACACCCCUGGCCCUGGUCCUGUACCAGCUGCUGGACGGGUUUUCCCUCCUGGAGAAGAAGCUGAAGGAGGGUCAGGAGGCCGGGAGUACCCUGCGGUCCCACCCCCUCGUGGGGGACCUGCGCCAGAGGAUGGACAAGUUUGUCAAGAACCGUGGGGGCCAAGAGAUUCAGAGCACCUGGCUGGAGUUCAAGACCAAGGCCUUCUCCAGAAGUGAACCCGCCUCGUGCUGGGAGUUGCUCCAGGCAUGCGGGAAGGUGAAGCGGCAGCUUUGCGCCAUCUACCGUCUCAGCUUCCUGACGGUGGCUCCCGGCCGGGGAGGCCCUCAGCUGCCCCGGCACCUGCAGGAGCAGGUGCAGACGCUCAUGCAAGAAAAGCUGAUGGACUGGAAGGACUUCCUGUUGGUGAAGAGCAGGAGGAACGUCACCAUGGUGUCCUACCUCGAGGACUUCCCCGGCUUGGUGCAUUUCAUCUAUGUGGACCGCACGACUGGGCAGAUGGUGGCCCCGUCCCUCAGCAGCAGCGAGAGGACUUCGUCAGAGCUGGGCAAGGGGCCCCUGGCCGCCUUCAUCAAAACCAAGGUUUGGUCUCUGAUCCGGCGGGCGCGCAGGUACCUGCAGAAGGGCUACACCACGCUGCUGUUCCGGGAGGGCGACUUCCACUGCUCCUACUUCCUGUGGUUCGAGAACGAGAUGGGGCACAAACUACAGAUAAUGGAGGUGCCUGUCCUGUCCGAUGACUCGGCUCCCGUUGGUGUGCUGGGAGGAGACUACUACAGGAAGCUCCUACGAUACUAUAGCAAGGGCCACCCGGCUGAGGCUGUCAAGUGCUACGAGCUGCUGGCCCUCCACCUGUCGGUCAUCCCCACGGACCUGCUGGUGCAGCAGGCCAGCGAGCUGGCCCGGCGCCUGUGGGAGGCCUCACGCGUGCCCCUGCUCUAGGCCGGCCCCGACUGCCCUGCUGCAUUCUGCCUGUGCACCCUGGUUCUCCAGGCCCAGCCCCGCUUGCAAGCAUCCCCACAGCAGCCUCCUCCUGUUCCUAGAGGCCGCCUGAGGCUGGCCCCGAGUUCCCAGGGCAGCCCCAGGGUUUCAUGAAGAAACUCCACCUAGACCAGCCUCCACUGGGUCAUGAGCAAACGUCCAGUGCUUCCCUCUGGAGAAGGAGGGAGGCCAGGGGUUCUGUUGGUCUCCUUAGAACAGCAGUGGCUGUGAUGCUGGAGCUGGGGCAGCCACUCUGUCACACUGCCUCUUUGUUUAUCCCCGGGAGACAGGGAGGAAGUCCCCAGUGCCCACAGGUGUCUAGAGACACCCUCCUUUCUGCUGUCCUCAGAGUGGAGAAAGAGCUUGUCCCUCGGCAGGCCGUUUCCCUCCCCGGGUGACAGAUGCUCCACUGGCUGGGUUUGAAUUUCAGCUCUGCCUCUUCCGCUCUGCGGCUCUGGGCAGCAUUCCUAGGCUGUGAACCUGUCUCCCCACAUUUACAGUGACAGCAUCUCCCUCUCAGAGUAGUUGUGAGGGCCCCAGACACGCGACAGCUGCUCAAUAAAUGCUGGUUAUGGUUA